AUGCGUCCUCGAGGACUUCGUUUCAACCUCAAAACCUACACGGACGCCUCCAUGGCGAGCAUCGAACCUCAAACUCCCCGGUCCAGUAAAUUCCAGCCGUGGGACAAGGACGAUGUGCCCAUCAUCGACUCGAGAGAGAGCUUUUCCGACGUCGUCUUCAAACUGUCCUCGUACAUUGCCAAAGCCAUCGACGCCGCCUACACCUACGAACAGCUUCGCACCACUAGCGCGGGACACCCCUUGAAACCUCUCAUUGCGUAUUUGAGCGAAGACUGUCACCACCCGGCAGUCGUGGCGGCAUUGCUGGCUGCGAGGUAUCUCUUCCACAACGCCGACGCGGACGCAGAUAGCGGGUUGAACGAGUCGAGAGCCCUCGCCUGUGAGCUUGUGGCGUGGCAGUUCCUCACGUUCUUGUCUGAGAAGGAACUGAUCGACUACCUUCUCUAUGAACUGCCCCAGGAUCCGGAUGACAAUACGCGGCGAUCCUCCUCGGGCUCUGCAGAUAACACCAAUGGCACGAGGAGUAGCCGUCAACAUGGUGAGGAGGAUCACGCAGACGAAACUUCACCCCUCAUGCAUGCCCGGUUUGCUGAACAUGGUGCGAUUCUGCGCCCGCCUAAACGUGGCUCCUUCGAUCACAUGCCGGGUGCUGGCACAUCAAGCACAUUCCCGGGUGACGAGGAUGCUGCAUCACAAAGAGCCAACCUAGAUGAAUCUAUGGCUGGUAUGAACGCCCUGGAGAUUGCCGCCAUCGCCGACGCAAAGAAGUUCCUCUCGCAGAAUUCCGUGCAGAAGAUCGUCGAGGAUAUCUGGAAUGGCGACGUGAUCUUUUGGGAGAGUCUUUCCGUGCACGCCGUCAAAAAGCCCCGAGUGUACAACAAGCGUGUGGCCGAUCCUUUUACCCGUCUGAGGGUGCCCAAGUAUCAAAAGGCAUUUCAAAUCAGCUUCUUCCUCGCAUUUCUGGCACUCUAUUAUGCUGUCCUGGUCGAGAGGGAUCCAAGCCACAUUACACCAACAGAAACAGUGUUAUAUAUCUGGAUUGCCGCUUUUGCCUAUGACGAGUUGGGUGAGAUCAAAGAUGCAGGCCUCAUGUUUUAUCAGACGGACUUUUGGAGUUUGUGGGAUAUUGCUAUCAUCGGCGUCAGUGCGGCUUUUGCUAUUACGCGUAUUAUUGGUCUCAUCAGAGAUAGCGACUAUAUCAUCGAUGUUGCAUUUGAUAUCUUGUCCAUGGUGGCACUGUUUCUUGUACCAAGGAUAUUCUCGGUUAUGAGCCUGAACCCAUACUUUGGAAGCCUGAUUCCAGUAUUGAAAGAGAUGACAAAAGCUUUUUGCAAAUUUCUGCCCGUUAUUGUGGUGCUGUACCUUGGGUUUUUGACGACUUUCACGAUGCUGGCGAGAGAUCGGAUGAGCCUCAACGAAAUGUCAUGGAUGUUGAUUAAAGUAUUUUUUGGCUCAAGCUACCUCGGGUUCGACAUGGCUGUCAAGAUCUCGCCAUUGUUUGGAUAUACUCUGAUGUAUGCACAUGCCGCAACUUCCAUUGCACCACCAGCAGACUCGAGCCUCGGUACAGCUCUGUCAUCGCUGAUUUUCGUCUGUUUAACCAACAUUCUCCUCAUCACAUCAUUGGUGUCUCUGGUAUCCAAUUCCCUGACAGAGGUCAUGGCCCAUGCAAGGGAGGAGUAUCUCUUUCAAUAUUCGAUCUAUGUCCUCGAGAGCAGCACUUCCCGUCGGCUGACCUACUUCAUGCCUCCACUCAACCUAUUCCCACUGAUCGUGCUGCGGCCACUUCGCCUCAUCCUACCCUCGGAGGAAGUUCGUCGAAUCCGCAUCUUUGUCCUCAAAGCCACCCAUGUUCCCUUUGUGGCGCUGAUCUGGGCAUACGAGAACUCUAGGACCUUGAUCUCUGGUGCCCAUCCCACCGUUUCUCGAGCCCCUCAUUUCACUAGCCGUCCACUAAGUGCAGGCCGGCUCAGUCUCGAGGGGGCCCGGGAUUUUGUCAAGUCGCCAUCGACGCGGAGAGCGCUUAACGAGUCGUCUCUGACCAUCACGCCAGAUGUGGCUGCGUCCACCACCAAAUCUGCCUUGAGUGCAGCUGACAGCGCACAAUUGAUCGCUCUGGUUCAAAAACUGAGCGAGCAGGUCGACGGGCUGGCCGCAAUGGUCGCUGGUCAGCAGAAGGACUGA